CAAGCGCACAGUAGAAGGGAGUGGUACGUCAAAAACUGACGCACAGCGGCAGGCCAAACAAGUCCAUAGUUUAAUAUAGCCAGCACAAUACCGCACCACAAUAAUAUAAACUGUAAAAUAUAUAAAACAAAAGUCCAGAAACUUACGUGACCAAGUGCAAAAAAAAAGAAGGAAAAUCUAUAACUAUAAAAAGCAAACGAAAACGAAAAGAGCAAACUGUGUGAGUGUGAAAAAAACAAGCCACAAAUCAGAGCGAGUACGAGAGCUUCCUACUAUAUCAUAUCAUAUAACCGCUAUAAAUAACAGGAAAGGCAACGCAACAACGAACGCCAAAUACCUUCAAUUGCGGAGAUAGCCGGGCUUAUGAGUAAAACAAGCUGCCAAGCGGAUGUGGUAGGACAGAAAGGGAUUUCUUGAAGGGGGCAGGAGGAUGCCAGCCAGCCGGCGAGCCAAAAGGGCACAAAAUUGCAACAUCCGCAACUUCGGGGCAAGGAAUCAAAGCUGAAGGAGCAACCGCAGCAAUACUCUCAAGGCAACUCAUGUCAAUGUCAAAAUUGAAGUAGAGGAGGGCCAAAAAGGCAGACGGACGGGCGGGGCAAGAGCUACGGCUAUAUAGCUAUAAAAGCAAAAGCAUUUUAAACUGCAGAUGACAAAGAAGGUUGUGCUACAUCUACAUAGUAAAUACAAAACAAAUCUAAGCAUAAGAAACCCCAAAACCACACACCCACACGCCCCACGACCCGAAAACCCUAAACCAAAACCAAAAACCUAGACCAAAAUAAACAGAGAGCGAACAAGUGGACGGGGAGUCCCCGGAAUUUCGAACUGGCAAAGGAAGGCAAGCGGUUCCGGAUACGGUGACCCGUUUUGCAGGCAAAAUGUCCGUGGACUUUAUACUGCCCAAUCGCAACAAGAUCCAAACGAUUGCCUAUGCGAGUGCCAGCAAGAAGUAUGUGGCCGGCGGAUCGGGAUCCCAUUUGGGAUCAGCAGCCGGAUCAGGAUCAGGAUCAGGAACCGACCUGCAGAGCUGGCGACGCCCAAAGCCCAGGACCGCGGGAAAACUGAAGCUGGAGGAUAAGUCCCCAGUGACUGCCAGUUCGGUGCUAAGAAAUGCCAAUGGAAAUGGCCUGGGAAAUGGCGGAAAGUCACCCCUCAAAUCGUUGGCCAAGAGAUCCUCGCGAUCGGUUCUGAGAAGGGAAAUCAUCGAUCUGGACGACGAGGAGGGCGAGGAGCAGGAGGAUCAGCUAUGCGAGCACCUGGAGUGGUCAGCCGCCCAGUCCUUGGUCCAGAUGAACUCCUCCAAACAGGAGAAACAGCGACGAGCGGGAACUACGGGAUCUCCUGCAACUGUGGCAGCACCAAUUUCCGCCUCAGUAUCGCUGCGCCGUCCAGUGGGCAGAGCUCCGGCGGAGGAUGGCAAGGUGAUUUUCUACGCCCCGCCCGCCAGCGCUAGUGGAUCGCCGCGCCAGCCGGAGCCGGUGACCUUGAAGAGGGAGCGUGAGAGGGAGAGGGAGCGAGAGCGGGACAGGGUGAGGGAGCAACAAGUGGCCGCCUCGAUUUACCGGGGUCGCAGUGUCGAGGAAACGGAAGCGGCCCACGAUCUGCUCUCCCUUUCGCAGAGUUUGCCGCCCCUAAUCCCGCCCUGCGUGGUCACCAUCAUGAAGCAGGAGCAGGAGCAGCUCCGCUCCCCGGAGAUCCAGGAGAUAUCGAACAGCGCUUCCAGCCGAUCGCCCCAGUCGACCAUCCGGUUCAUAGGCAGCAGCUCCUACGACCUGAUGAGCGGCUCCUCGGAGGGGGCCAACAACUGCUCGCCCUUGACGCCCCCGAACUCGGACCACAGCUCCGACGUGGAUAUAGACAUGUCUUCCUCCUCCGAGUCGGGGCUGCAGCAAUGGGGCAAGCCCAAUCCGCAGAGUCAGCAGAGGGCGUCGGCCCUGAAGAUGUGCCUCAACAUGCUGGAUGGCAGGACCAAGGCGAGCAGAGCGGCUGCAGUGGGCAAGCCGGAGAGGCAGGAACCAGUGCAGCCGCGGCCCAAGAGUGCCCAGAGCAAUGCCUCCUCCUCGGGGGGCAACACCACAUCGGAGCCCCCUGAAACACCGACGACCACGGGACACGGCUCCUCGGGAAACGGGGAGAACUACGCCAAGCGGAAGAGGGGCUGCUACAAGUGCUGCGAGUGCGGAAAGCAGUAUGCCACCUCCUCGAAUCUCUCGCGCCACAAGCAGACCCAUCGCUCCCUGGACUCGCAAUCGGCCAAGAAGUGUAACACCUGCGGCAAGGCCUACGUGUCCAUGCCCGCCCUGGCAAUGCACUUGCUCACGCACAAGCUCUCGCACAGCUGCGACAUCUGCGGCAAACUCUUCUCCAGACCCUGGCUGCUCCAGGGUCACCUGAGAUCCCACACCGGCGAGAAGCCCUACGCCUGUGUCCAUUGCGGCAAAGCCUUUGCCGACCGCUCCAAUCUGCGGGCCCACAUGCAAACCCAUUCGGGGGACAAGAACUUCAAGUGCCAUCGCUGCAACAAGACCUUCGCCCUCAAAUCGUACCUCAACAAGCAUCUGGAGUCGGCCUGUCUGCGGGACACCGGGGCCAUUGAUCAGGACAAGGGAUUGGACGAGGACGACGACGACUGCAGCAAGCAGGACGACCUGGAGGGCGACGAUCUGGACAGCGAUGAGAACAGCCAGGACAUUGUGGUGGCCUAGGAACCAUCGAGCGAUAACUCUCCUGCCCGCAACUAAGAUACUUUACACCAGAACCCUAUAAGCAAUACUCGAGCACCCUUAUCAAAUUAAUACUAAAACGAAAAACAAAACAAAAUAAGAAUUAAAAAACAAACAAAAUCUAGUCUAGGAAUCGGCUUACUAGCGGAGUAGUUCAUUAAACAGAAGGCAGAUGAUGAUGAUGGAUCUCAACUCAAUAGAAUCUUCUUCAAGCAGUUAUAUACACACACUUAUAUCUACUCACUUAUAAUCUCUGAACUAUCCCGAAAAUCUCUCCAAGUUGCAACUUUUACUGAACGAAGAUUGGGAGGCAAAAGAACAAAGAAAAAAAACAAAAGGUUUGAGAAGGAAAUCCAAAACGUAACUUAUAGUAAAAAUCUGACACAACGAAUAUUAUGGAACAUAAGUAGAAAUUCUAUAUAUACACAGAUCAAAUAAGCAUUAUAUACAGAAGGAGGGAAUGAAGAAGGGAACGGCAAAUUAUAUGUAUACAUAUGAACUAAAUGAUUAAUACCUAGCGAGCAGAACCAAUUUGCAUGUUUUUUGGUAAAUAUCUACUUUUAGGCAUCGUUUUAGGGCUCUAGAGUUUAUAUACACCCCCAAUACACUCACCACUACCCACUCACCUAGAUAUUUAGUCCGAGUACUUAAGGAUUCGAUCGGAGCUCAGUUCAAGUCUUAGCAAACUAAUCAAUUAGUGAACUUAUAGCACUUCCCGCAACUCCCUAUAUCUCUCUCGCUCUUAGACUCUUUUUAACCGUACUCAAUGAUCAAGUUAGCAAUCGGAAAUCGGAUAUAUAUAGUGACGACUAUCGACGAUCGAUGAUCAAUGAUCAAUGAUCGAUGAUCGACGAACGACGAACCAUUUUAACCGCUGCGGCAACUUUACACUCUAACCAAGUUUAAGAUGAGAUUACUUCCAUAUUAUGCUCUAACUCGAUAAACAGAAAACUACUUCAAUUACUUAGAAAUGAUUAAAAUUAAUGAGAAAACAAUUUAGAAACAUAUCACAAGGACAAUACUUAACAUAAAUAAAUACAUUCAAAGUAUGGAAGGUAUAUGAUGGAAGCGACCCCAAUUACGACAUUCUCAUACACAUGCAACAAAGUACUUACGAAAUAGUUAUUUUAUUACUAGCAUUAGAACCCCAUGACUCGUGUACAUAUAUAAUUGCAAGUUUAAAAACAAUUUUAUACAAGAAACUACCCCCGUACCCGCGACCCCUCGAGCUUUGGCCCAGCCAAAGGUUUCCAAUGGACAGGAACGCAUCCUCCCCAAAUUCCGAAAAGGAUAUACUCGCAUGUAGAUAUCCCCCGAAGUCGGGAAGUCUGAGAAUUCGGAGUAGAAAAAGAAGGCAGUAGGCAGAAAGCUGAAUGGUUGAUGAUGAAACGAUGAUGAUAGACGUAGAGACGCACUUGUAAAACAAAUGAUAACUAAAAGCAAUUCCAAAGUUAAGUGACAUAGUUUUUAACGAACAAAAAACCAAAAAAUACAAAAAUUUGUAAUUCUAUAAAAACAAAAAUCGAGAAGUAUUGAUAUAUACACAAAACAUGUAUUUAUUUUACGCGUAGUUUUUAUUCCGAAGCCAAAAGCUAUUGGCAAAUGGCAAAUGCAAAUGCAAAUGGCAAAAAAAAACCGAAAGAGUAAACUUGAAAACAAUUUAAUUAAAUUGUCAAUUACAAUUAUUUCAUAAUUUAAGAAUUGAUGAACGAGGCGGACGGCGAUAGAGGUUAUUUUUUAAAGCAUAUAUAUACACAUGAAUAUAUUACAAAUAAAUAAAUAUAUUUAAAAGAGGCAGUUUUAUAUCGAAAUUAAUAAUAGUAAAUGCAAAGUAACAACAAAAUAUUGAAAACCAUUCGAACUUAAUUAUACAACGAGCAAGAAACCAUUAAUUAUAAACCCCGCCCCCACACUCUCGCACAUACGCCCACAAUUUUAUAGCAACAAAGCAGAUUAUUACAUCGUAUUCUACAUACGUGCGCGCCAUGUAGAUAACCAAGUAACGCCGCAUGUCGCAAGUCUAGCAGCAGAAUAUCGGGGCAGAAUUAGAAUUUAGACCAGAGAGUGCUAUGCGCAUUGUUUAUAGGGCCAUAGUUCGAAAUCGUGUUUAUGCAUGGCUUUAUUGAUGAUUAUUGAUAGCGUUUUAAAUAGCAUUAAAUGCCUAUAUACACAUAAGCAAACCAAACCAAAUAAAAACAAAAAAAACAAACCGAAGAAAAUCUAAAAAAAAACGUAUAUAAGAAAUUCCAUUGAACAGUAGUGGUAACAAUUAUGUGAUUUGCAAUUUUACAUUCAAAAUAUAUAUGAAAUAAUUACGAAUAUAAAUAGAUUAUAUAUUGAGGCGAGCGUUUAAUUGAUUUAUUUAUGAGUAAGAUUUAUUUAUACACAUUAUACACCACAAAAAACGAGAAACAAACAAAAUGACAAAAAGUAAAAAUAAGAAGAACGCGAAUAGAUUGAGGAAUGGCGAUGCAAAAAAUAUUUUUACACAGAAACCUUGUUUUAUACACGCGGCAAGUUGAUUCCCAAAAUCGUAAUACCCCAAGACACACCUGCAACAAUUAAUUAGAGCCCCCUGAAACACUUUAAAAACAGACAUGCAGCUGCGCUCCCGAUUUCACUUUCUUAUUUAUUUUUAAAAUUAUUUUAAAAGGGAAAAGCUAUUAAAAAAAUAAAUAAACUUUGAAGGUUUACCUUUCUCAUUAAAGAUCGGUUUUUAUCAGACAUUAGGAAUUGGACUUUUUUUUGUUGUUUCAAUUGGAUUAAUGUGAAAUCGGGAACUCUAGCUGAUAGACACCCACACCCAUAAUUUCAAGAUCAAUGACACCAAUUCAAUUUUGAUUAUUAUACAAUAAAUGGAAGGGCAGAAGUCGAACAUGGUGAGAUAUUUUAUAAAAUGAACGAUGAAUAACGUAAAGAUAUUAAUUUAUAUAUUCAUAUAUUAGAGAUGCAAAAAGACUUGAACAGUUAUAUACAUUUAAAAUUGCAAUAUAUUGUAUACUUCAUUAAAAAAUUAUAUACAUACAUACCGGCAUAUAUGCAACCACGUAUAUAAGUAAACAUAUUUAACUUAUUUAUAUAAAUGCUUACAGCGAACCAUAAACAUAUACAUCAUAAACCGAAUCUCAAUUUUUCCAAUGCAAGACGAAUAGGAAUCCCUCAAGUAAAUCAAGAUCAAUUCAAGUAUAUACUCAAUGACCACCCGGCCGGCAACAUCGCCUGGCCGUACAGGAAUAUAUAGCUAAAGAUAUAUAAGUAAUACUACGUAUGCAAUACAAUGCCACGCCCACUUCCCGGAUGGCAGGCAGCGAUUUUAAGGCGCUGCCCGUAGGAGUUUUCACAGAUUUUUCCUUUUGAUACUUAGCAUUCGUUCUUGUUCUACUUUUAGUUAGAGAAUGUUCAACUAGUUUCAGCUUUCGUAGGAGUUAAAUAAUCGACUUUAAAGAGACACACACAAAAGAACAACAACAACAAGAACACCUAGAUGAACCGCAGCUAUACUAAUCUAAUAACCCCGUAACCCCACACACUCUAUUAGACACUAACCGACAUUCUACAGACAUACCCACAUGCAUAACCAUGCGAUUUUAUGGCAAAAUAUGUAGAGCAUAUAACCUAUUAUAUCCCAAAGAAAGCUAAUCCAUUCUUAAAUUAAUAUACACGCGAGUAACCGGAGAAAGCGAAGCAAAUAGAAUCGAAACGAAUCGAAUCGAAAGCAGGAGAAUCACAGAAGAAUCCAAUAUGGAAAUACGUGACAACAAACAAAGAAUUAACGCAACACGAGUAAACUCCCCCUCAAUGAAACAAACAAAGCAAAACCAAGCAAAACAAAACAACCAUAACAAGAUCCAAAAAGUAUGACACGAUGAGACGAAGGAAUAUAAAUUAGAAUCAUAGUUAUUAAAGCUACACCCACACACUAGUGCAGCCAUGUAACUAUUUUUAGAGCCUCGGAAAUAAACAUACAUAAAAUACAUAAAAAUAUUAAAUAAACGACAGAGAAAACAAAA